AUGUCUAUGAAUGUUGAUGAACAAGACCUUUACCUUUUCUUCUUUUUUUCUUCUUUCCACUGUUCUUUUCUUCCUUCCUCUCUUUUUAUUCUGACCUUCUCAGCUUCUCUCCGUCACUUCCUUUCUUUCUCACCCUUCUUUAAUUUUCCUUCUCCGUCUGUCUGUCUGUCUGUCUGUCUGUCUCUCUCUCUCUCUCUCUCUCUCUCUCUCUUUUUCUUCGCUUAUACUCUCUUUUCUUUCUUCUUUCCUUUCGUUCCAGCUCUUCCUAUCUCCUUUCUUUCUUUCCCAUUUUUUUCUUUUCGUUUGUUUCUUGCUUUUUUCUUUCUUUCUUUCUUUUUUCUUUCUUUCUUUCUCUUGACAUAUAUCUUUUUCUCGCCCUCUCUCUUUCCUUCCUUCCUUCCUUCUUUCUUUCUUUUCCCAUCUUUCUUUCUUUCUUUCUUUCUCUUGACAUAUAUCUUUUUCUCUCUCUCUCUCUCUUUCCUUCCUUCUUUCUUUUUUCUUUCUUUCUUUCAUUCUUUUUCUUUCUUUCUUACUUUCCCUUUACAUAUAUCUUUUUUCACGCCCUCUCUCUUUCUUUCCUUCCUUCAUUCCUUCCUUCCUUCUUUCUUUCUUAAUUUCUUUUUCCUUCUUCUUUCUUUCUUUCUCUUGACAUAUAUCUUUUUCUCGUCCUCUCUCUUUCCUUCUUUCUUUCUUUCGUUUUCCUUCUUUCUUUCUUUCUCUUUACAUAUAUAUUUUUUCUCGCCCUCUCUCUUUCCUUCCUUCCUUUUUUCUUUCUUUUCCCUUCUUUCUUUCUUUCUUUCUUUCUUUUCUCUUUACGUCUAUCUUUUUUCUCGCCCUCUCUCUUUCCCUCCUUUUUUCUUUCUUUCUUUCUUUCUUUUUCCUUCUUUCUUUCUUUCUCUUGACAUAUAUGUUUUUUCACGCCCUCUCUCUUUCAUUCCUUCUUACUUUGUUUCUUUUUCCUUCUUUCUUUCUCUUUACUCUCUUUCUUUUCCUUUCUUUCUUUCUUUCUUUCUUUCUUUCUUUCUUUCUUUCUUUCUUUCACCUGUUUCUAUUUUCUCAUACGCUCCUUCUCAGUUUCUUUCUCUUCCUUCCUUCUCUUUUGUCUCUCUUUCUUUCCUCUCUCUCCCCGUCUUUAUUCAUACCUUCCUUCUCAGUGUCUUUAUUUUCCUUCCUUCCUUCCUUCCUUGGUCUCUCUCUUUACUCAUAAUUUCCUUCUCAGUAUCUUCCUUUUCUUUCCUUACUUCUUUCUUUCUCCCCCCCCUCUCUCUUUCUUUCUCUUUACUCAUAACUUCCAUCUCCGUAUCUUUCUUUUCCUUCCUUACUUCUUUCUUUCCUGUCUCUCUCUCUGCUCAUACCUUCCUUCUUAGUUCUUUUCUUUCCUUACCUUCUUCUUUCUUUACUAUCUUUCUCUUCCUUCCUUCCUUCCGCCCUUCCUUCAUUUCUUUCUUUCUUUCUUUCUUUCUUUCCUGUCUCUCUCUCUUUGCUCAUACUUUCCUUCUUAGUCUCUUUCUUUUCCUUCCUUACUCCCUCCUUUCUCUCUCUCCCCCCUCUCUCUCUCGCUCUCUUUACUUAUACCUUCCCUCUCAGCUUUUCGCUUUUACUUAA